AUCUAUUCCCAUUUCCCAAUCCCAUUGUAAUUUACUUUCUUGAGUAUAUUUUUAUAUUACUAAGUAGAUAAGAUAACAUAAUUUCUUAGUAUAUAUAUGUGGCGUUAACUUGCUCUUGUUACUUCACUUGCAUAGAGAGUGUGUAGUUGAGUCUCUCAUCAAAUGACCGAGUCAACGAGUCGACCCGUUGGCGGCACCGAGUUCAGCUGGUGCAAGGCUGUUCCCGGUGGCACUGGAAUCACUGUACUAGGCCUCAUCCUCUCUAAACCACCAACCAUCUCGUUUCUCCAAAAUGCCCUCAACGAUAUCCAAAAUUCCCAUCCUAUCCUCCGCUCAAAAAUCCACUUCGACGAUUCCACCAACACCUUCCACUUCGUUACUCAACAAACUCCCUACGUUGAAAUCCAACCGUACGAUCACCAAUCAGCUUCCCAAAUCAUCCAAACCCAAUCCAACGGACACGAUCAAAUCGAGCCCUUCCACGCUCUCUUCGAGCACGAGCUGAAUGUGAACACGUGGCGCGAUCACAGCGAGGGAGAGAUCGACGCGAUGUUUGCGAGCGCGUACGCGAUCGAAGAUGACCGGUUAGCGGUGUUCCUCCGCCUGCACACGGCGGUCUGUGACCGAGUUACUUCAACGGCGCUGUUAGGGGAGCUGAUCGAGCGGUUGCGCAUCGGCGGCGAUGGCGGCGGAAGGAAGAUGGAAGUGGAAGAGAUGAACGUGGCGCUUGAGGAUCUGGUUCCUGAAGAGAAAAAGAGGAAACCGUUUUGGGCGCGUGGAUUUGACAUGCUUGGCUAUUCGUUGAACGGGUUCAGGCUUGGGAAUUUGAAUUUCGUAGAUGCUGAUUCGCCAAGAAGCUCUAGGAUUCUGAGGUUGCGAUUCAACGAAGAAGAAACCAAAAAUCUAAUUGAUGCAUGCAAAUCAAGAGGAAUUAAGCUCUGUGGAGCACUUGCAGCAGCUGGAAUGAUUGCUUCAUGGACCUCUAAGAAUCUUCCUGAUUAUCAAAGGGAAAAAUAUGGUAUGGUUACCCUUAUCGAUUGCCGUUCGAUGCUCGAUCCUGUUCUUUCCAGGGACCAUGUUGGUUUUUACCAUUCUGCAAUCAUGAACACACAUGAUGUGUGUAAAGAAACCCUAUGGGAACUAGCAGAGAGAAUCUACACAUCCUUUGCAAAUGCUAAGAACAGCAACAAGCAUUUCACAGACAUGUCUGACCUCAACUUCCUCAUGCUCAAGGCUAUUGAAAACCCAGGUUUGACGCCGUCAUCAUCGCUUAGAACUUCAUUGAUCUCUGUGUUCGAAGACCCCAUUGUCGAUGAUUCGGCCGGAAUUCGUCAAGAGCUUGGGGUGGAGGACUAUCUAAGUUGUGGCUCCUUACAUGGUAUAGGAACAUCCAUGUCCUUAUUUGACACCAUUAAGGAUGGAAAAUUGGAUUGUGCUUUUGUGUAUCCAUCACCACUUCAUUCAAGAGAGCAGAUUCAAGAAUUAAUUGAUCAUAUGAAGAGUAUACUUCUGAAUGGUUGUAAGAUUGAAUGAUGGUGAUAAUUAUCAUUUACAAAUUCAUACAACUAUAUGUUGCUUCUUCAAUCCCAAUUUAUGGUUGUACUUGGUCUAUUGAAAUAUUGGUAAGAAAUAAUGUAAACUGCAAUAAUGAAGGAAUAAAUCAUCCACCGAAAUUGUUAUAC